UAUGUAUAGGUGUCAUUAGCAUGAACCAUUUCCAUCUAAGAUUGACAUCUUAGUUAGCCCUCACUCUUUCCAUGACCAAAUCUUUAUCUCUAAACAUCAUUAAACAUAUACACAUGCGUAUAUACAUAUAUGCAUAUAUAUGACCUCAAUUGUCUCAUGUUUUGAACCAAACACACAAGAACAACAUUAAUGGCUCUUAUUUGUUCCAAUCCCAUGAUCCUACUACCACUUGCCACUUUCUUCAUCCUAAUCAACCAUGCCCACAUUGCAUACUCACUCCCACAAAACCCGUUAACCCCGGCUCGAACCCAUGAUUACGACCACCAUAUACGAAAACUUCAAGCCCUCCGAUCGUCCAUUUCGCAAACGAAUCCGGUGUCGAGUGCACGCUUGUAUCGUGUGAGCUCAUACGGGGCGGACCCGACUGGGAAAACGGAUAGCACAGAAGCGAUUCUGAGCGCGAUAGCGGAUGCGGUGGCCGAGGAACGUGAAGGGAUAUUGAUGGAUGGGAUCACUAACCAUGGUGGCGUGCAAAUAAGUCUUGAAGGUGGGAUUUACAUGAUUAGCCGGCCAAUGAAGUUUCCAAUGGCCGGUGUUGGAAAUGUCGUGAUAUCAGGUGGGACAUUGAGAGCAUCUGAAAAUUUCACAAAUGAUAGUUAUCUCAUAGAUCUAUCAUCAUCAGCAGCAGCAACUUCUUUGGAAUAUAACUAUGAAUACAUAACAUUUAGAGAUAUAAUGCUAGACUGCAAUUAUCAUGGAGGAGGUAUUCGAGCGAUCAACGCUCUCAGAACAAACAUCGAUAAUUGUUACAUCACGCACUUCAAUACGACCGGCAUCUUCGUCCAAGGCGGUCACGAAACCUAUAUUCGUAACUCGUUCCUAGGCCAACACAUCACCGCGGGUGGUGACCGCCAUGAAAGGGAUUUCUCCGGAACGGCCAUAACUUUAGCCGGAAAUGACAAUGCCAUCACAGACGUUGUCAUUUUCUCGGCUGCCACGGGGAUUGUGAUCUCCGGUCAAGCGAAUGUUCUCACCGGGGUACAUUGCUACAAUAAGGCCACGGGCUUCGGUGGCACUGGAGUAUAUUUAAAGUUGCCCAAUCUUACACAAACUAGAAUCGUAAAUUCGUACUUUGAUUACACCGGGAUUGUGGCGGAAGAUCCAGUCCAACUUCAUGUUUCGGGUUGUUUCUUCCUCGGGGACGCUUUUAUUGUCUUGAAAUCAAUUCGUGGCGUUGUAAACGGGUUAAACAUUGUUGAUAAUAUGUUUUCUGGUUCAAAUAAAGGGGUUGAUAUUGUUCAACUCGACCAAAGGAAUGGAGUGUUCAACAACAUCGACCAAGUUGUGGUUGACAAUAAUAAUGUUAAGGGGAUGAACUUGAAGGCGACUGUCGCUCGAGGUGCCACACAAGGUAAUGGCACCUCGUGGACGGUUGAUUUUAACCAAAUACUUCUAUUUCCUAGACACAUAAAAUUUGUGCAAUAUACGAUGAUGACCAGUGAACCUAACGUGUUCCCAAACUAUGUUCUACGCAAUAUCUCGAACAACAAGGUGUUUAUCGAAUCAGACAUCGCAGUUUCGGGUAGUGUUUCUGUGACAGUUGAUCAAGGAUUAUCAAAACGAAGUUAGAAUUUUUUAGGAUCAAAUAUAGAAUUGAAAUUUAUUCUUUUUUUUAGUUUGCAAUUUAUAGAUUGAUUCAAAAAUAUACAAUGGAAAUUUGUAAAAGUGUUCAAUUAUUCUUGGAUCUUUA